AGGGAAGUGAAGUUCAGAGUGAAGCAGAUUCAUGGUGGACAUUUGACUCACACUCUUCAAGCUCAAACUGAUGAAGGGACCUAAAUAGAAAAAGGGCAGAAACAGCGCCACCUGCUGCAGACAGCACAGAGCUGCAGAGUGACGGCGAUCAGGAGGAAGUCGAGUUUCUCAUCAGGUGACUGCAGGUUUGGACCAACAUGGAAAGAGCAGACUCUCCUGAAGCUGAACCUGGACUCAGCUCUGUGUCUACAAGGAAGCAAAACUAUCCACAGGAAGAAGCCGCUGACCUUAAAAGAAGAAAUGUGUCUGCUGCUGAGAAGAUCAGUGAGGGACCAGACUCCUCUGAACCUGAACCUGCACCCAGCUGUGUGUCUUUGAGCAGUGAUCGGUCAAAGGGUUUAGUCAUCAACUUUGAAGGAUCAAAACGUUCUGGUGUUGAGAAAGUCGAUCAGCAGAGCUCAGAUGUUUUGAGUCUCCAGCAUCAGCAGCAGCAACAAACUGAUCUGGACCAAAUAUUUAUGAGGCUGGAGGAGAACAUUAUCACUUUUGUAAAAGAUGAGCUGCAGAAGAUGAAGAGUUUUCUGAAUCCAGAUUACCGAGAAUCCUCAGAGUGUCAGAGGGAGGAUGAGGAGGAGUUGGACAGUGAGGAAGAGAAGCAGAGGAAAAGCAGCAAAGAGGCAUUUCUGAAACUCACAGUUAACUUCCUGAGGAAAAUGAACCAGGAUGAGUUUGCUGACCGUCUGCAAAGCAAAAACCGAGAUCCAAUUUGUGUGUAUCAAUUUAAAUCUAACCUGAAGAAGAAGUUCCAGUGUGUGUUUGAGGGGAUCGCUAAACCAGGAAAAUCAGUCGCUCUGAAUCAGAUCUACACAGAGCUCUACAUCACAGAGGGAGGAACUGAAGGAGUCAAUGAUGAACAUGAGGUCAGACAGAUAGAAGAACUUUCCAGAAAACGAGGCAGACUAGAAACAUCAAUUGAAUGUGAAGACAUCUUUAAACCCACAGUGGAGAGAGAUAAACCAAUCAGAACAGUGCUGACAAAGGGAGUCGCUGGCAUCGGGAAAACAUUCCUAACACAGAAGUUCACUCUGGACUGGGCUGAAGAUAAAACCAACCAGGACAUCCAGUUCAUGUUUCCAUUCACUUUCAGAGAGCUGAAUCUGCUGAAGGAUAAAAAGUUCAGUUUGGUGGGACUUGUUCAUCAUUUCUUUACUGAAACUAAACAUGGAGGACUCUACAGCUUUGACAGCCUCAAGGUUGUGUUCAUCUUUGAUGGUCUGGAUGAGUGUCGACUUCCUCUGGACUUCCACAACACUGAGAUCCUGACUGAUGUCACAGAGUCCACAUCAGUGGAUGUGCUGCUGAUAAACCUCAUCAGGGGGAAUUUGCUUCCUUCUGCUCACAUCUGGAUAACCACACGACCUGCAGCAGCCAAUCAGAUCCCUGCUGAGUGUGUAGACAUGGUUACAGAGGUCAGAGGGUUCAAUAACCCACAGAAGGAGAUGUACUUCAGGAAGAGAUUCAGAGAUGAGGAAAAGUCCACCAACAUAAUCGACCACAUUAAAAGUUUGCGAAGCCUCCACAUCAUGUGUCACAUCCCAGUCUUCUGCUGGAUCACUGCUACAGUUCUGGAAAAUGUAUCAAAACUCAGAAAGGAAGAAAAACUGCCUCAGACUCUGACUGAGAUGUACAUCCACUUCCUGGCGGUUCAGACCAAAAUGAAGAACAUCAAAUAUGAUGGAGGAGCUGAGUCAGAUCCAGACUGGAGUCCAGAGAGCAAGAAGAUGAUUGAGGCUCUGGGGAAACUGGCUUUUGAGCAGCUGCAGAAGAGCAACCUGAUCUUCUAUGAAUCAGAGCUGACAGAGUGUGGCAUCAAUAUCAGAGAGGCCUCAGUGUACUCAGGAGUGUUCACACAGAUCUUUAAAGAAGAGAGAGGGCUCUACCAGGAGAAGGUGUUCUGCUUCAUCCAUCUGAGUGUUCAGGAGUUUCUGGCUGCUCUUCAUGUCCAUCUGACAUUCACCAACUCUGGUGUCAACCUGCUGGAAGAAGAACAAACAGCAUCAGUGCUCCCUGAAGAGCCUUCAGUGAGACACUUCUACCAGAGUGCUGUGGACAAGGCCUUAGAGAGUCCAAAUGGACACCUGGACUUGUUCCUCCGGUUCCUCCUGGGUCUUUCACUGCAGACUAAUCAGACUCUCCUACGAGGCCUGCUGACACAGACAGAAAGCAGUUCAGAGACCGAUCAGGAAAUAAUCAAGUAUAUAAAAGUGCAGAUCAGUGAGAAUCUCUCUCCAGAGAAAAGUAUCAAUCUGUUCCACUGUCUUAGUGAACUGAAUGAUGACUCUAUAGUGAAGGAGAUCCAACACCACCUUAGCUCAGGAAACCUAGUUAAUCUGUCUCCUGCCCAGUGGUCAGCUCUGGUCUUCAUCUUACUGUCAUCAGAACCAGAUCUGAAUGAGUUUGAUCUGAAGAAAUAUUCAGGUUCAGAGGAGGCUCUACUGAAGCUGCUGCCAGUGAUCAAAGUCUCUAAGAAGGUUCUGUUGAGUGGCUGUAACCUCACAGAAAGAAGCUGUGAAGCUCUGUCCUCAGUCCUCAGCUCCCAGUCUUCUAGAUUGAGAGAGCUGGACAUGAGUAACAACAACCUGCAGGACUCAGGAGUGGAGCUCCUUUGUGCUGGACUUGGGAGUCCUCACUGUAAACUGGAAACCCUCAGGCUGUCAGGUUGUCUGAUCACAGAAAAAGGUUGUGAGUCUCUGGCUUCAGCUCUGAAGUCCAACCCCUCCCAUUUGAAAGAGCUGGACCUGAGCUACAACCACCCAGGAGACCCAGUGAAGUUCCUGUCUGCUCAACUGGAGGAUCCACACUGGAAACUGGAAACUCUCAGGGUCGAGCCUCAAGGAGUCCAGUGGUUGAGACCAGGUCUAAGGAAAUAUUUCUGUGAUCUGACUCUGGAUCCAAACACAGCACACAGAAACCUCAAACUGUCUGACAACAACAAGAAGGUGAUGUACGUGAAUGAGGAGCAGUCGUAUCCUGAUCAUUCUGAAAGAUUUGAUUACUGGCGUCAGCUGCUGUGUACUAACAGUCUGACUGGUCGCUGUUACUGGGAGGUUGAGUGGAGCGGAGAGGUUCAUAUUACAGUAACUUAUAAAGGAAUCAGACGUAAAGGAGACGGCUAUGACAGCAGGUUUGGAAGAACUGAUCAGUCCUGGAGUCUCUGCUGCAAUAAUCAUGGUGAUUACUUUGGAAAUCACAAUUACAGAUCAGUAGUGAUCUCUGUCCCCUCCUCCUCUGUGUCUCACAAAGUAGCAGUGUAUGUGGACUAUCCUGCAGGCACCAUCUCCUUCUACAGUGUCCUCUCUGACACACUGACCCACCUCCACACCUUCCACAGCACAUUCACUGAAUCUCUAUAUGCUGGGUUUAAAUUAAGGAUUGCUAACUCCAGCAUCUGUCUCUGUGGUGACUCAGAGAAGUGAACUUACUGUGAAGAGAAACAUUCUCACAAUGGUUAAAAAUUCAGCAUUUUGAGCCAAAGAAUGAGCUGAAUGUCAUUGAUUUACCAGCACUUCACAUCAUGCAUUAGGUUUUCAUUAAUCAUUAACUGCAUUUGUGAUAUCCAGAAUGAACACUGUGGUGUUCAGAUGAGUGUGAUGCAAUGUUGGACAAUUAUCCAGACUCUCUUCCACCUGCUCCCUACUCUCACUACAGGUAACACACUGCUCCAACAAGUUAAAGAACACUUUAGUGAUACUUUAGAUCUUGAAUUUUCACUGUUUAAUCUCUGAGAACAAAGUGAGAGAACAGUCAGUGGAAAAACAAAUCAUCAACACCAAAAAUCAAAGUUAACUGUUCAAAGCUUCCCUGAAUGUUUAAUGUUUGCAGUUUAUAUUCUGUAUGUUGUUCAGACAAACUCAUACUGUACAUCAUGUGUUGCAGUGGGAAGAUAUUUUAGUGGAAAUUAAUAUAUAAGCACUGAAAAUAACUAUGCACAGAUAGUUUACAAAGGAUUUUAUACUGUGUGUUUUUGACUGAUAAAAUGCUCAGCUUACAAAUUAAAAAGCGUUCAAAUGUUAUAUUUUAUUGUGUUUAUUAGUUUAAUGUGGUUUAAU